GGGAGGUUGGAGAUGUGCGCCUGAGCCCUGAACAUGGACUUCGCGUGCCUGUGGCUAGGGCUUCUGCUGCCUUUGGUAGCUGCGCUGGAUUUCAGCUACCACCACCAGGAAAGGAUGGAAGCGUUUUUGAAGAGCGUUGCCCAAAACUACAGUUCUAUCACUUACUUACACAGUAUUGGGAAAUCUGUGAAAGGUAGAAACCUAUGGGUUCUUGUCGUGGGACGGUUUCCUAAGGAACACAGAGUUGGGAUUCCAGAAUUCAAAUACGUAGGAAAUAUGCAUGGAGAUGAGACUGUCGGGAGGGAGCUGCUGCUCCAUCUGAUUGACUAUCUCGUCACCAGCUAUGGGAAAGACCCUGAAAUCACGAAUCUGAUCAAUAGUACCCGGAUACACAUCAUGCCAUCAAUGAACCCAGAUGGAUUCGAAGCUGUCAAAAAGCCUGACUGUUUCUACAGUAAUGGAAGGGAAAAUUAUAACCAGUAUGACCUGAAUAGAAAUUUCCCUGAUGCCUUUGAAUAUAAUAAUGUAUCAAGGCAGCCUGAAACUCUGGCAAUCAUGAAGUGGCUAAAAUCGGAGACAUUUGUCCUCUCUGCAAACCUCCACGGUGGUGCAUUGGUGGCCAGUUACCCAUUUGAUAAUGGUGUUCAAGCAACUGGAACAUUGCUCUCCCGAAGCUUAACUCCUGAUGAUGAUGUUUUUCAACAUCUUGCACAUACCUAUGCUUCAAGAAAUCCCAACAUGACUAAAGGAGAUCAGUGUAAAAAUAAAAUGAACUUUCCCAAUGGAGUUACAAAUGGUUACUCUUGGUAUCCACUUCAAGGUGGAAUGCAAGACUACAACUACAUCUGGGCCCAGUGUUUUGAAAUCACACUGGAGCUGUCAUGCUGUAAAUAUCCUCGUGAGGAAAAGCUGCCAUACUUUUGGAAUGAUAACAAGGCCUCAUUAAUUGAAUAUAUAAAACAGGUGCACCUAGGUGUAAAGGGUCAAGUUUUUGAUCAGAAUGGAAAUCCAUUACCCAAUGUAAUUGUGGAAGUCGAAGACAGAAAACACAUCUGCCCAUUUAGAACCAACAAAUUUGGAGAGUACUAUCUACUUCUCUUGCCUGGGUCCUAUACAAUAAAUGUUACAGUCCCUGGACAUGAUCCACAUCUCACAAAGGUGGUUAUUCCAGAGAAAUCCCAGAACUUCAGUGCUCUUAAAAAAGAUUUUCUACUUUCAUUCCAAGGGCAAGUGGAUUCUAUCCUAGUAUCAAAUCUUUCAUGCCCAAUGAUUCCUCUAUACAAAACAUUGCAGAGCCUCUCAGCUGCAACAAAGCCUAGUUUGUUCUUGUUUUUGGUGACUCUUUUGCACAUAUUUUUCAAAUAAAGUAAAAUGUGAAACUCAACCCCCAUCACCACCUGGAAUCAGGGAUUACUCACUCCAGGUGACUGCAACUCUAACUCCCUCAUGGGAUCUCCACUGGAUAAGCUCCAGUCUUCCCUAAGAAGAGAAAUGGAUAUUUCCAAAUCCUGCAAUAAGUAACAUGUGGUGAUAAUGAAAGGAAUGAUUCAGUCUUGAAUGACAGAUGGAAGAUACCUGCCUAUCAAGUACUGCCCAUUUACAAAUUAAUCUUGAAGUCAUUUUAGAAAUGUGUAAUUUAAACUUGAGAAGUAAAACAGAAGUUCC